GACUUGUGGAAUGGAUACCUAGGUACAUACUCGUAUAUUCCUAUGGUUGAAGGAGCUUUGGACGUUAUAUAGCGUUGCAAUGUUUUGCUCCAGAAAUCUUCGUCUUUUUCAAUAUUCCGAUGCUUAAAUUUGUCUCUGCAAGUUUUGCGGUGUGUGUGGUGGCGGAGAGUCUUGCUCCUCUCUGUGGCGGGUGUAGUGUGUGGCGCGGAACUUCAACUUCAAGACUUUACAAGCAUACGUUGUUUUUUCAGUUUCAGUUUUUGUUUUUGUAUAUUUUAUUCUCACUGUGGAGCCAUAGAUACACAAUUCUCUUCUAAGAGAUAAUGAGUUGGAAGUCUUGAAUAAAAGUCAAUUAAAAUGAUUGAAAAGUGCACAUGCAACCGUAGAGAGAAAAUAGACUUUUCAAUCAAACAGAGGAUGAAUGAUUGUUCCCUAGUCCAAAGACAUCAAGACACUCCGACACCGGAAAAUCCUAUAUCCCAUAGUUGUCCGCAACUGUCGUCGUCGUCGUCGCCGUCGCAAAUUUAUUCGAAUAUUCUUGGAAAUAACAACAACAACAACAUAAACACUAACAACAACUGGAAUUGCAAUUGCAACAAUCGGCCCGAUCACCAGGACCAGCAUCAGCAUCAGUACCAGCAACAGAACCAGCACCAGCACCAAAACUACCUUCAUCAUUAUCAUCAUCAUCAUCAUCAAGAGAACAUUGGACGACAAUGCAUGUGCGCCAGUGGGAGCGAUAGUCUUCGACAUUUCAACAAAAACUGUAGCAUCCAGCCACCUCACCAUUGGCCAUCGAGCACAGUGUGACAAAACCAGUGCU